AUGGAGAUUUGUGCGAGUCAACGAAUCAACAAGCCAGGGCCCUUGUGGUUUCAAAUGAGGGCACCGGAACCCAAAAAGGUUUGGGAAAUGCACGAUCAGAUCUAUCUCAGAAGCAAAGGCGUUUUCAACUUGCCUAGCAGUGACGUCUGUGAUGCACUCAUUCGAUCAUAUUUCGACCAUGUGCAUCCACUGCUUCCCAUCAUUGAUGUCGGUCAUUUUCUGGCACAGUACACACUGAAAGGAGCCGCAAGCAUGAACCUUCUUGUGCUAUGGAGCGUUUUUCUGGCUGCUGCGAAUUUCGCCUCACCAGAUCUUCUGCGAACCGCUGGCUACGCCUCACGCAAGGCGCUCAAGCGCGUCAUGUAUUCGAGGGCUAAAGCUCUCUAUGACAGCGACUAUGAAGACGAUAAAGUCUGUGUUGUUCAAGCCGUGACGCUGCUUGGCUUCUGGUACUCAGACGCGGAAGACAGAAAUGGCCCGUGGCAUUGGAUGGGGAUCGCUAUCGGCUUGUGUCAAGUCAUGGGCCUCCAUCGCAAGCCACGACUGGCUGUCUCUACUCCAUCGGCGAUUUCUCGACAACGAUUGUUUCGAAGAAUCUGGUGGUCUUGUUUUGUGAGGGAUCGUUGGCUCUCUGUGGGCUUGGGACGCCCCAUGCGAAUCAAUCUGGAAGACUGUGACGUAAAAUUUCCUUCAGUUGAGGACCUGACCGUUGAACUUGAGCAACUUGCCCCAGAGGUCGCCGACAGAUACCUUCCUCACUCAAUGCAGCAGCAUGCGAUGAUCUGGGUGCAACUGGUGAGAUUAAGCCAUGUUCUAGGCAGGAUCUUACGAAUUGACUACGGAUUGAAUGGCUCCGCUUCCAGUGAGGAUGAUUUCCGAGCUCAUGAGCUUGAGCUGAAGGCCUGUCGCUUGGCCGAUGAUGGAGGUCUAAUUAGCGACACAUCUUUCGGCUCCUUGAGCAGGCUUCAAUUUGAGAUGCUUCUUGAAGCUACCGAAGUCAUUCUUCAGCGACCUGCGAUAAAUUUCCAAUGUCCUCCAGAUGCACAGAGAACCCCUGCCGGAAGCGAAGCACUGCAGAAGGCAAGAGCGUCAGCUGCUAGGACGAACCACAUCAUAGAGAAAUUGAUCAAUGCCGACAUGGUACAAUUUCUUCGACCGAUGAGCUUGACCGCCCUGAUACCAGCUAUGCAGAUACAUCUGCUCGACUGUAGGUCGAGCCGUCAACUGGCACGAACCCUUGCACAAUCCAAGCUCGGGGAAUGCAUGAUGGUCGUCUCCGAAUUGCGAAACACUUAUUGGGGCGCCGAUUUCACAUACAAACUGUUCGAAGCGGCACAGUCCAUUCUGGGAGACAGCGAGGGCCAAAGUGACAAUGUGCAAACUCCACAGGGUUUCAAUCCAGAUAUACGAGCUCACCAAGUCGAACCACUUCAUGGAGACAAUGGCCAAGGUCUCUCAAACGCUUCCUACAUCACGGAUGGCCCUGAUGUCUUUGGGGAAACAUACAAUGAUGCUCUAUAUCAUGACAUGCCCGAUCCCAACGUGGUUGAUCCCUGGAGUUUGGCAGAACUGCAAAACAUGUUCGACAUGCCUUUUGACGUGGACAUCUCAUGAUAGCGUAGUUUUGGAUAUUGUCCUAUUUGUCGGCUUUUUCGCUACCUUUGAGCACAAUAUCUUCCGAAGAAGACCAGGUCGUUAUCAUACUCAAUUGCUGAUACCGCAACGAUUGGCCGAGUGCUUUCAACUGUCGAAAGUUAGCGUUCGGUUUGCCGAGGGUGCUAUAGGCUUACCGAGGGAAAUGUUCCUGAAAUGGCAAUCCCGG